UUGUUGAGCUUUCACCUUUAACAAAGCUAUUCGCUCCCUUGAGUUCGCAGCAGAGGUUGUAUCGGGUCAACACGGCGCAGGCUCAAGGCACUGACUCCAGGGGUGCUGUGAUUGGACAGAGUGCUGGGAGUGAUUGCUGUGAUUGGACAGUGCUGGGAGUGAUGUCUGGGACAGGAUGCAGCAGCAACAGUGUGCUGCAGGCACGGAGGGUGGUGGAGCAGCUCAGGGUGGAGGCCGGCAUGGAGAGGGUCAAGAUCUCCAUCUCUGCGGCCCAGCUGGUGCAGUACUGCCAGGAGCACGGUCGGAGUGACCCCCUCCUCACCGGCAUUGCCACCUCCGCCAACCCCUUUAAGGACAAGAAGACCUGCGUGCUGCUGUAGAGCUGUUUAACGCUGGGUCACCAUGAGGGACCAAA